AAGGGCAAAUGGAUCACAUGCGACGAUGCGUUACAAGCUCUCUGCGAUACCGAUAGAAGCACGCAGGCUCAGUUCUACUACACUCUCGCCACGCACUACCCCGUUAAGAGCUCUAUAAAAGUGCCUAGGCGGCUGCUGAAGCGGCUAGCAGAGGAGGAGGCUGCUAAGAUGGGAGGGGGGGAGAAGGGGAAGGGGAAGGGGAAGGGGGCGAGAGGAGGAGAGGAGGAAGGAGGAGAGGAGGAGGAGGAAGGGGGGGAUUUGGAGUGGGAAACAGGCGAGGGAGAGGAGUAUGACAACGGUGAAGAGGAAAGGGAUGAGCAGGGAGACGAGGAGGAGGAGGAGGAGGAGGAGGAGGAGAGGAAAGGAAAGGAAGGGGAGGGAAGGAGGGAGGAGGAUGAUUCAUUUGAGAAGGAUUGGAGCUCAAGGGAAGGAGUGACACAGGAACAGGACCUAGCAGAAGAAGAAAAUGAAGAGCAGAUGAAGAUUGGCAAUGCACAGCAGCAGCAGCAGCAGCAGCAGCAGCAGCAGCAGCAGCAGCAGCAGCAGCAGCAGCAGCAGCAGCAGCAGCAGCAGCAGCAGCAGCAGCAGCAGCAGCGGCAGCAACAGGAGGAGGAAGAUGCAUUCGCUCGAGACCACGAUUCAAGGUCUAUUCCAGAGCCAAGCCCGCGAAAGAGGAAGCGUGGCCGGCCCCCCAAGGCCUCUCGAGACGACCCAGCCACUGCUACAGCCGCCGCUACAGCUGCCGAACCCAACCACACCCGCUACUCCGAUCCAUUCGCCUCAGACCUAGACGUCCCUGAAGUGACCGACCCUUUCGCCCCCUCUGCCUUUCCCCCUGCUCCCCCGGCUCCCCCCCCGGGUCCUGAGUGUGGGUACGCGGCGGUGACGCUGGCAAAUCUGGGCGGGGUGUUUCUGAAGAGAAGGCAGCUGGAAGGGCUGCUGGCGGAUGAAGGGUUCGACCGCAAGGUGGUGGGCACGUUUGUGCGGAUCCGCGUCCCGGGACCAGCGAACCAGACUGAGGCGUGCUACCGCCUCGUGCGGGUCACAGGCUGCACGAGCCAGACGGACAUGUACCCCGUGGGCAAGGGGCUCACCAACAGGGUGUUGCUCAUCAUGAACCUCAAGACGCCAGAGGCCACGACUAUCGACCUGGUCUCUAAUUCUGACUUCACAGAGGAGGAGUGUCAGAAGCUGCGGCAGUACAUGAAGUGGGGGCUAGUGGAUCGACUCACUGUGGACGAGGUGGCAGCCAAGGAGAACGAGCUGCAUGAGCUCAAAGUGAACGAUUGGUUGGAGGCGGAGCGAGUGAAGCUGACAAAUCUGAGGGACAGGGCAAGCGAGCUACUCUCACUCACGCCUUCCCUACUCCCCUGCUCCUCUCUGCUGUUUCUCUUGCUGUUGCUCUUUCCCCCCCCCCCUUCCCACCCCUGCCAGUGGUUGGAGGCGGAGCGAGUCAAGCUGACCAAUCUGAGGGACAGGGCAAGCGAGCGAGGAUCCAAGAAAGAAUAUCCUUUUGCAGCGACACUACUCUCCCCCUUCCCUUACCUCACCUCACCCUUACCUCACCUCACCCCACACUCCUGUGUGCAAGCGCUAAAGGAGCUGGACAAGCCGGCAUUCAAAGCCAAGAAGAUGGCUGAGUACCCCACCAUUGAGGCGGACCCUGACUUGCUGUCCCUGUCUACCGGUGAUUCCGAUGAUGAGGGCGAGAAGAACAAGCAGACAGACCCGUGGAGCCAGCCCAUCCCCCAUUCACGACCCAGGGGGGGAAGAGGGGCAGGAGAGUUCCGGGGGAGGGGGAGUGGGGGAGGAGAGAUAGGCGGGAGGGGUAGAGGGGAUGGUUGGGGGAAUAGGGGAGGUGCAGGAGGGGAAAGAGGGGAAGAGAAGAGAGAGGAGGAUAAUGCUAUUCCUAUGUCCCGGUCUCUCUCUGGUUCUCGCUCAGAGGAGGAGGAGAGGGGAAGAGGAGGGUGGGGGUAUGGGGAAAGGGGAGGGUGGAAGGGGAGUGAUAGGGAAGGGGAUGGGGGGAGGUCGGACAGGGAAGGGGGGUGGAGGGGGAGGGGGAGGGGAAGGUUUGGGGAAGGAAGAGGGGAUCGAGUUCGUGGGAGGUGGGAGGAGGAGGAGAGGAGGGGGGGGAGGAGGGAGGAGAAAGGAGGGUGGGGGAGAGGAGGGGAACGAGAGGAGGAAAGGGAGGGGAGAGGCGGAAGUGGUUGGGGAAGAGAGAAGGAAGAAGGGAGCAGAGGAUGGGAGCGGGAUAGGGAGCGAGGUGAGAGGAGAGAGGGGCGGGAGAGAGAUGGGUGGGGGAGAGAGGAGAGGGAGAGGGAGGGCAGGAGCGAGGGCAGGAGCGGCGACAGGGCAUGGAGGAGGGAGGGGAGUGGAGGCAGCAGGGAGCGAGGGGAGGAGAGAGACAGUCGGAGGGAGGAGAGGGACGGCUGGAAGGGAGAGGGCGACCUGCAGGGGCCCUUCUCCCUCGCGCGCCUACGCGGGUGGCUGCCUCUCAACGUGUUCCCACCUGACCUGCGCGUGUGGCGCGUGGGGGAGGGGCCGGAGGCAGGAAUGCUGCUGGCGGAGGUGGCUGAGGGGAAGGUGGGUCCGUUUGGGAGGGAGAAGCAGCAGUUCUGGGCUGCUGCCGCUGGUGCUGCUGGUGCUGCUGGUGCUGCUGGUGCUGCUGGUGCUGCUGGUGUUGGUGCUGUGUCUGGUGGUGGUAUGGGCGGCGCUUUUGGUGCUGGCGGUAGUGUUGGAACGGGGUUGGCAGCAGCAGGAAUUGGGCCACCAGCAGGGGCAGUGGGGCAAGCAGGGGCAGCAGCAUUCGGUGUGCCAAGCGGUGGGGUGGGGGGACCUGUAGGGCCCCAAUUUUCCCAAAUUCCCCAGGUUUCUCACUCCCUACACGUUCCUCAGGCCCCCAAUGCUCCUCAGCCGUAUGGUGGUAUGGGGCAGCAAGGCACACCCGUUGGUCCUGGGGUUGCUGCUGCUGGUGGGGCAGUAGGAGCGACAGGAAUGAUGGGGGGAGGAGGAGGUGAUGGGUCAGGGUGGCAAAGCAGGGGUGGUGGCAGCAGUGGGUGGGGGGGAGGUUGGAGUGAGGGAAACAGGCAGGGCUGGGAAGGUGGGGAGCAGGGUGCUUCUGGGGCAGGUGGUUUUGGAGCGGGUGCCUCUGGGGUAAAUACCCCUGGGGUAGUCGAGGGAGUGGGGAGGGACGGGGGAGAGGAAAUGACGAUGGGGGCUGGCAAAGCAGGGGGGGAGGAGAGGGACGGGGGAGAGGGAGUGACGAUGGGGGUUGGCAAAGCCGAGGGGGAGGGGAGGGACGGGGGAGAGGGAGUGAUGACGGGUGGAGGGAUGGUGGUGGGAGGAGGGAAGUUUCGUUUCGAGGGCCGGGAGGGGGGAGAGAGCGAGGAGGUGAUGAGUGGAGUGGUGGUACGUACUUGUCCUACUCGUAAGUUCAUACGUGCAGGCGGGCUGGGCGCAUCUCUUCUGCGUGCUGUUGUCUCACCAGGUUCUCCCCUCCCCGCAUCCCCCCUUCCAUUCCCUCCCAACCUUCCUCCCUUGCCAAUUUUUUUUCUCACCAGAUUCGCCCAUGACCUUCUCGCCAAGGCACACGUGCAGGCGGGCAUGGCACAUCUCUUCUGCAUGCUCUUGUCUCAUCAGGCCCUCCCCUCCCCGCAUUUCCUGCUCCCUCUCCCCCUUUCCUCCUCCCCCCCUUCCCCCUCUUCCUCCCCUUUCCCCCUUGCUACCCUUUUUCUCACCAGAUUCGCCCAUGACCUUCUCGCCAAGGCACACGUGCAGGCGGGCAGGGCACAUCUCUUCUGCGUGCAAUCCCUCUCGCGCCUCCCUCCCCCUCUCGUCGCCCCCCUCCUCUCCUCCCUCACCCUCCUCCUCCUCUUCCUCCUCUGGUCCUCCCUCCACUCCCCCACCACCCAAGUCUCCCACUUCGCUCCCCCCUCCUCCCCCCUUUCCUCCCUCUCUACCCACUCCUCCUCCGCUCUUACCGCUCUCAACCCAUCGUCAAGCAUCUUCACCGCAUGUCAAGAGCUGCUAGCAGCACACGGCAGGGCAGUGAGUGUGGCAGUGGGGGCGGAUGAGGGAGGGCCAGGGGCAGCAGCAGCUGUAGCUGCCGCCGCCGCUGCUACAGCCACAACCGCCGCUGCCGCUGCAACUGCCGCUGCUGCUACAACCGCCGGUGCUGCCGCAUCAGGCUCUGCCGAACCCCUUUCCAGCCAAAACCCACAGCAACCAGCACAACCAGAAACGCAAUCCAAGCCCGUCAUCCCAGGUUCGACCCUCCUCACCGAACAAGCCCUGAAAUCAUUCGAGCAGCGCUUCGAAUGCCUGGCCACCCAGGGCAUCUGGGAUCUGGACUCGGUCCCCCGCCAACUCCCCUGGUUUAAACUCCGAAAGGGUUGGUCCGGCUGGGAGUGUGAUGCUGCCUGGUCACGCCAAGCCUCCGAAACUGGCAAUCUGGCCUUCACUGCUGCCGAUGCUGUGGCUGACGAGGCUCGGCACGCACGGGAGUGGCAGGUUCGGGACGCGGUAAAGUACAGGUGGAGGGUGCACAGGAGGUGCGGGCGGUGGGGUGCGGUGGAGAGGGGUGAGCUGGCGCGGAGGCUGGCAGGGCGGAGGGUGCUGAUGGUGGGGGAUGAAACGAGCGCCAUGCUGUUCCUGUCCCUCCGCAACCACAUGCUCAUGCCAGGAGUGGGAGGAGGAGGGGCGGGGAAAGAAAAGGGAGGAGGAGGAGGGGGUGGGUACGAGGGGUUGGAGCAUCGGAUCAUGGUGCGUGAUGAGGUGCCGGAUUUCUGUGCCAGGCUGGACCUAAGGCAGCAGCAGGACUUUCCUAACGAGUGGGCCAAGCGGCUGGUGAAGGCAGUUGGGGGCGUGUUCCUGGAUGUUGACCCUAUGACCGCUUUGAGACCCGACGGGCACAUUCGGCCGCCCUCUGACUGUCUGCAGUACUGCUUGCCAGGGCCACCGGAUGAGUGGACCAGGAUGCUCUACCACAUGCUGCUGGACCUGAUUUGA